UCUUUGAUUAAAGUAAAAAAAAAAACUUUUUGCAGCUUCCUGUCUAAGUGAAGCAACAAUAAUAAAACAGUCUUUUUAUUUAUUCACCUUUAUACCAUUACAAGUCAAAGUUAAACUCCUGUCAGGUUCCUCUUAAAGAUCUUAUUUCUAACCAUUCUUGUGUUAAACCAAUCACAAAACCAUCUUCCCCAAAAAAAUGCAUAACCUGAGAUGGGUUUUGAAUCUCUUGUUUGUUUCUUCACUUCUUGUUCACACAUCAUCAUCACAAACAAUUUGCACAAGCCAAGACAGAGCAGCACUUCUAGCUUUCAAAUCAAGCAUCACCAAAGACACAACCGGAGUUCUGUCUUCAUGGGUUGGUAAAGACUGUUGCAACGGAGAAUGGGAAGGCGUCCAAUGCAAUCCAUCCACCGGGAGAGUCACAAACUUGGUGUUGAGAAACUCCUUGAACGAGCCUACACUCUACAUGAAAGGCACCUUGUCACCUUCCCUGGGGAACCUCGGAUCUCUCCAGGUUUUGUUCAUUUCCGGAACGAAGUUCAUCGCUGGCUCCAUCCCCAACACCUUCUCUAAGCUGACUAGUCUCACUCAGCUCGUCCUCGACGAUAAUUCACUCCAAGGCAACGUUCCUUCUUGCUUAGGCCAUCUUCCGUUCUUGGAGAUUCUUUCAUUAGCUGGAAACCGUUUCUCCGGUGCUGUCCCGGCGAGUUUAGGGAGCUUGAGAAGCCUCUCCGUGUUAAUGCUGGCUCGAAACUCUCUCUCUGGUCCUAUCCCAGUGACGUUCAAGAACCUUGUCAAGCUUCAGAAUCUUGACCUCAGCUACAAUGCGUUAUCCGGACCGAUCCCUGACUUCAUAGGCAAGUUUCAGGAGCUAACAACUCUCGAUCUCUCCAGCAACAGAUUCUCCGGGGGACUACCAGCUUCUGUUUACACCUUGGGGAAGCUUCAGGACAUGUCGUUGAAGCGAAAUGAUCUGACCGGACCACUCUCUGACCAAAUCAGCAACUUGAAGUCGCUCUCUAGCCUUGACUUGAGCAGCAACAAGUUCAACGGUCACAUACCAUCAUCCAUCACAAGACUUCAGAAUCUCUGGUCUCUCAAUCUCUCGAGAAACCAUUUCUCUGAUCCUCUGCCUGUUGUAGGGUUUCCUUCUUUGCUCUCCGUUGAUCUUUCCUACAACAACCUUAACCUCGGAGCAGUUCCAAGCUGGAUCAGAGAGAAGCGUCUCACGGAGAUUAACUUAGCUGGUUGUAAACUGAGAGGAGCCUUUCCAAAGCUGACAAGACCACACGACGUGACCUCGCUUGACUUGUCUGACAACUUACUCACAGGUGAUGAUGUUACAGCUUUUCUCGCUAACAUGACAAGUCUUCAGAGAUUGAAGCUCGCAAAGAACCAGCUCAGGUUUGAUCUCUCAAAGCUCAAGUUGCCUGAAGGGGUCUCUUCCGUUGAUCUAAGUUCAAAUCUGGUGACUGGUUCUCUUUCAAGCCUGUUAAACAGCCAGACAAGCCGUUUCUUGGAAGAGAUCCAUCUCACCAGCAACCAAAUCUCAGGGAGGAUCCCUGACUUCACAGAGAGCUUGAACCUGAAAGUACUCAACAUAGGUAGCAACAAGAUCAGUGGACAGAUCCCAAGUUCAAUAUCAAACCUUGUUGAACUCGUGAGACUAGACAUCUCGAGGAAUCACGUUACAGGAGUCAUACCUCAGGGUUUAGGCCAGUUAGAGCAGCUCAACUGGCUGGACCUAUCGAUCAAUGAACUUACGGGAAGAAUCCCGGAUAGCUUGCUGAACAUCAAGGCGAUGAAACACGUGAGUUUCAGGGCCAACGGAUUGUGCGGAUUGAUUCCGCAAGGAAGACCGCUCAACAUUUUUCCUGCAGCUGCUUAUCUUCAUAACCUUUGCUUGUGUGGCAAGCCGUUACCACCUUGCAGGAAGACAUUGAAGUGAAGUGAAAACAAACACACAUUUUUAAGGUGGCCAGUCCAAACGCUGACUUGAUUGAUCUUAAUUCUCUAUCACUUUACGUAAUUCUUGAAAAAAAAAAUAGAUGAUAAGUCUUUAAUCCUCUAUUUGUCUUUUUACGCGUUUUCUUACUAUUCUAUUGUUUUAGUCUUCUACUUGUAUACUUCUGUUUCCACCUAAAUAAAUUAUCAUCACUUUGAUU